GCCUUUUCAAGUAUCAAAAUUUACGAUUAUAAUGUCUAUUCAAGACAACUAUAAGCAUGCCAAGUCUUUCUGUUCAUCUCUUUUAGAAAACUUAAUGGACUUAAAAUCUGAAAGUGGGACUUUGGUGACACUUACAUAUGCACAAAGUCUUGAUGGUAAGAUUUCGGGAAAUAAUGGUCAACAGUUAAUUUUAAGUUGUGAAGAAUCUAUGAUUAUGACACAUAGAUUAAGAGCUUUGCAUGAUGGUAUAUUAGUUGGCAUUGGAACAUUAUUGAAUGAUGACCCACGGCUAACAGGUCCAGAUGAGCCAGAAUCAACUAUUCAACAACCACAACCCAUAAUAUUAGAUUCAACAUUACGAUUUCCUCUUUCAGCAAAAGUGUUAUUACAGUCUAAAAAAUCUCCUUGGAUUUUCACAAGACACGAUCAUGAUCCAAAAAAACGAGAGUUACUAGAAAAAACAGGAGCAAAAAUUAUUUCAAUUGAUUCUGACCAAAAUGGUCAACUUUCUAUAAAUCAUCUUUUAUCAACAUUAUACUCACCACCUUUUUCAAUAAAUUGUUUGAUGGUAGAAGGCGGUGCAAGAAUUAUCAAUUCUUUCUUAAAAAGUGGUAAAGUAGAUCUAUUAAUUGUUACGAUUUCUCCUGUAUUUGUUGGAGAAAAUGGUGUUUCAGCUAUUAUUAGUAAUAAAAAUAAUUCUACGGAAAUUGAAAGUAAUAACUUACCAAAAUUAACAAAUGUUAUUUAUGAAAAAUUUGGUAGAGAUAUUGUUUUGGCUGCUAAUAUUGUUGGCAUUUAA